CCCGUCCGGCCCACGCCCAGAGGCCGCCCCGGAGGCCUCCGCCAAACGCCAGGUCUGAACAAAAUUAAGAAGAAGGAGCUUCUACAAUCACAGCAGAUGAAGAUCCACUGGUAAAUCGAUCAGGAUUUUUGGCCUGCCCUCCAAAGAAAAGGAGCGGAAAGAAUGUCGGAGCGGGCCGCAGAUGACGUCAGGGGGGAGCCGCGCCGAGCGGCGGCGGCGGCGGGCGGAGCAGCGGCCGCGGCUGCCCGGCAGCAGCAGCAGCAGCAGCAACAGCAGACUCCGCAGCCCCAGCGGCAGCCGCCGCCGCCGCCGCGGCGCCUACGGCCGGAGGACGGCGGCCCCGGGGCCGCCUCCACCUCGGCCGCCACCGCAAUGGCGACCGUCGGGGAGCGCCGGCCCCUGCCCAGUCCCGAAGCGAUGCUGGGACAGUCGUGGAAUCUGUGGGUCGAGGCUUCCAAACUUCCUGGGAAAGACGGGACGGAGUUGGACGAAAGUUUCAAGGAGUUUGGGAAAAACCGCGAAGUCAUGGGGCUCUGUCGCGAAGACAUGCCAAUAUUUGGUCUCUGUCCAGCCCACGAUGAUUUCUACUUGGUGGUGUGUAACGACUGUAAUCAGGUUGUCAAACCGCAGGCAUUUCAAUCACAUUAUGAAAGAAGACAUAGCUCAUCCAGCAAGCCUUCUUUGGCCGUUCCUCCCACUUCAGUAUUUUCCUUCUUCCCUUCUCUGUCCAAAAGCAAAGGAGGCAGUGGAAGUGGAAGCAGCCGUUCUUCCAGUGGAGGUGUUCUAAGUGCAUCCUCGUUAAGUUCCAAGUUGUUGAAAUCGCCCAAAGAGAAACUGCAGCUCAGGGGGAACAGGCCAAUGCAUCCCAUUCAGCAAAAUAGAGUCCCCCAUGGUAGAAUCAUGACGCCCUCUGUCAAAGUGGAAAAGAUUCCUCCGAAGAUGGAUGGCACACUACUGAAAUCUGCGGUAGGGCCAGCCUGUCCUGCUGCUGUGAGUUCCUCAGUCAAGCCUGGCCUUAACUGCCCCUCAAUACCAAAGCCAACCUUGCCUUCGCCUGGACAGAUUCUGAAUGGCAAAGGGCUUCCUGCACCGCCUACGCUGGAAAAGAAGUCAGAAGAUAACUCCAAUAACAGGAAAUUUUUAAAUAAGAGAUUAUCAGAAAGGGAGUUUGAUCCUGACAUCCACUGUGGGGUCAUCGAUCUCGACACCAAGAAGCCCUGCACCCGAUCUUUGACAUGCAAGACACAUUCCUUAACCCAGCGGAGGGCUGUCCAGGGUAGAAGAAAACGAUUCGAUGUGUUGUUAGCCGAGCACAAAAACAAAACCAGGGAAAAGGAAUCGAUUCGCCAUCCGGACUCUCAGCAACCAACGCAGCCUCUCAGGGACCCGCAUCCCACUCCUCCUAGAACUUCACAGGAGCCACACCAAAACUCUCACGGAGUGAUUCCUUCCGAAUCAAAGCCUUUUGUAGCUAGUAAACCUAAACCUCACACCCCCAGUCUUCCAAGGCCUCCAGGCUGCCCUGCUCAGCAAGGUGGGAGUGCCCCCAUUGACCCUCCUCCAGUCCAUGAAUCUCCACACCCUCCCCUGCCUGCCACUGAGCCAGCUUCUCGGUUAUCCAGUGAGGAGGGAGAAGGCGAUGACAAAGAAGAGUCUGUUGAAAAACUGGACUGUCAUUAUUCAGGUCAUCAUCCUCAGCCAGCAUCUUUUUGCACAUUCGGGAGCCGGCAGAUUGGAAGAGGCUAUUACGUGUUUGACUCCAGGUGGAACCGGCUUCGCUGCGCCCUCAACCUCAUGGUGGAGAAGCAUCUGAACGCGCAGCUGUGGAAGAAGAUCCCGCCAGUGCCCAGUACCGCAUUGCCCGUCUCCACACGUGUUCCUCACCGGACAAACUCUGUGCCGACAUCACACUGUGGGGUCAGCUGCCUGGCGGCAGCCACCGUAUCCCCCUCCCCUGCCCCGCUCUCGUCCUCCUGCAUCUCCCCCAGUAGCAAGUCGGUACCAGCUCAUGGAACCACACUGAACGCACAGCCCGCCGCCUCCGGGGCCGUGGAUCCCGCGUGCAGCAUGCAGUCCAGACAGGUGUCCUCCUCCUCGCCCUCCCCCUGCACGCCCUCCGGCCUGUCCUGCGUGCCCUCCUCCCCCAUGGCCAGGAAACCUCAGAAGUUGAAAUCUAGCAAGUCUUUAAGGCCCAAGGAGCCUUCUGGUAACAGCACUAACUGUCACCACGCGAGUAGCAGUGCCGGCAGCGGCGGCUCAGGAAAGAAACGCAAAAACACUUCCCCGCUGGUAGUCCCCUCCCCCUCCCCCUCUUUUCAUUCCAUGGAGUCUUUUAGGAAAAACUGUGUGGCUCACCCUGGGCCUCCCCACCCCACGGCGGUAGCCUCUCCUCACGGCAUCGGCCUCAACUGCGUGGCCGGCAAAGCGAACUCGGUGAGCGGCCGGCACGAGCAGCCCGGGCGGGGCGCCCCCGGCGGGAGCCCCGGCGAGUCCAUCAAGAGGAUGAGCGUGAUGGUGAACAGCGGCGACUCCACACUCUCCCUCGGCCCCUUCGUGCACCAGGCCGGCGAGCUGCCCGUCAGCUCUCACGGCGCCUGCUCCCACCCGCACACUCCUCUGGACAAGCUCCUAGGCAAGAAAAGAAAGUGCUCGCCCGGCUCGAGCGGCAUCAACAGCAGCAGCGGCAGGCCCACCAAGGUGGCCAAACUGCCGGCCCUGAACAACGUCCAUGUGAAGCACGCGGGCCCCAGCCCGGGGCCGCCAGGACUGGCAAACAGCUCCCUCCUGCAUCAGGAUACCUCCUGUCCUUGCUUACAAGCAGGAAUUUCAGCGGUGUCACCCCAGAGCCCUACUUUAAAAUCCAAAGGCACGUCCCUGACAGCUGAAAAUAGCACGGGGAGGAAUAAUCUGGACACUUUUGACGACAAGGUGCACCUCCACUCAGCACUCUGGACUCCACGAUGCCUUUGAGUCUGUUUUCCCAACCUCCUGUGGGCCUCGAGGGUAGAAAUCUGCCGGGCUGUUGUUUUAACGAGGAUGUCCCUGAAGCUUUGUCUGUAGCAGUGAGUACUCGUAAAGGACACUGGAUCAAGUCCAGCCACCGAAUUGCUUUUAUCAGUGUUAGAGUGGUCUGGACUACUUGCUACAAUCUGUGAGAAGUUCCUGUCUCGUUGAACCUGCAGUAUUUCACGGAGCCACUCUUGGAGGAGGUUGGCUGGCGAGAGUGUCUUGGCAAGAGCGUGACUGUAGACUUUUCUCCCUCCCUCCUCUCCCUGCCUAGUUCUUUCCUCACCCUGUCGUCUGUAGGUCCCUCUCCAGCAGUCAGGCACCUUAACUGGAGACACCUCCCAGGGGCGAGCAGAGCUGCACCCCAAGCAGCCCUCUGGAGAAAGGGGGUCUGCAGCUAGGUUUUUAUAGCAGGUGCCGGGAAUGGUAUAUGGACGUCAGUGAGAGGCACCAUGACAAAAGAGCCUGUGUUUUUGCCCAGCCUUUUGCAAGUAAUUUGGGAUCAGAAGCCGUCAGAAGUUUCUAAUGUACAAACUGGUUUAAAGCCAUUGAUGGCCAGAGAGCAAGUAUACACCAGUUUAGAGGCUUACUUUUCAUGGUACAAAAGCAAUUGUGUGAUUUUUUUUUUUUUAAAGAAAAUGCAAAUGCAAACAAUUUUGAUAAUGGAAAGCCAAAUUCUGGUGGGUGGGGAGGUAGACAGAAAUCACUAUGGGGGAAAAUUUUCCAAGAUUUCCAAAGAGAUUGAAUUUUUUUUUAGCCUUUGUUUUCAUGUUAAACAGUAUACAGUUAGGUUGGUUGUCCUGCCCAGUCUCCUGUUUUUAAAAAUUGCCUUUGUAACGUGAAAUAGUUGGGAUGCAGCAGACUCUGUCGUUCACAAAGUCACUGAUAUACUUUAAAUGUUUCCAAGGCACUCGGUGCAUUGCCCGCAACCUCUUCUUUGGAUACUGUCCUGGGACUAAGUGUCAAUUUCCGCUUGGAGCGCUCCCCAUACUGUGUGGGUCUACACACCCCUUCCUGCCUCUGCACGUUUAUGUGGAUGCCGUUGGCAUGGGGAGCAGGCACCCAGGGAGGGGCGCUGGUGACUGUGCACACCUGCCCAUGCGGAGAUGGCGGGAGGCAUGUGUAGUGUCUGCUAGUCACACCUCCUUUCUGGGGAUUUACGCCUGCCAUCUCAUGGAGAGUUUCAGAGAGCCUCCAGGAUAGUGUUUCCAGUACCCCACCCCAAAAGAAAGAGCUUGAUAGGUUCAGACAGCACUGAUUGAGAAGGUGUCCUUGAAUUUGAGGGGAUGAGCUGGAGCUCUUUAACAGAUGAUUCCACCACCACAGCUCCUGAAAGGAGAACCGGGCACUUUUGCUUAGAAGAACACACGAAGUUGCCGAACACAGGGUAAAGUUCCCAAGGUUCUGAUCAUGGCCCUGGGCAGGGCUGGGACAGAGCCAGUCAGUGCAUCCGUUUUCCUUACAAUUCUUGGGUUACAAACUUCAGUUUCAGGGAAUUUUAAGUCAACAACAGGUAGAAUGAAUAAAUACUUGGUUACCAGCCUAAUAAUGUGAAUUGCUACAGAACUAUUCUUAUUAUGUAAGGUAACAAAAACUUUAUUCAGAUACUUUAGCUAUAAGUUGAUGUAAAAUAUUGAUUUUCUUUUUAAAGGAAGGGGAGAACAGUAUCUUGUUCACCUAUUAUGCAAUCAGUCAGUAAAUGUUUUAAAAAUGAUACUGUAAGAGAGCUUGUAUAAGAAGAAAGCACGGAUGGGCCAGUUUGGUGUCGUUAGGAGAGAUCAGUCUGGUUGUUCAUCCCAGGAGAUGGAGACAAGGAGGUAAGAGGGAAUCAGAACGUACUUAGUUGAUUCCUUGGUGACAAGUGCAAUGGGGUAUGGGUAGAAUUUAUUUUCAGAGCCAAGGGGACUUGAUGGUUAUAAAUAAAGUUGCUUUUAGUGAUGGAAUUUAUAGACAGAUCAUGUUGUUCCGAAAGAUGUGAAUAGGAUCCACGCUAGCAGGUUGAUGCAGAAUAAUGUAGAUAUUUAGAUUAGCGAGUCUUGAUCAUUUGAUUUCUUAGACUGAGGUUUUAAUUGAAAUUUCAUUAUUGUCUCCCGGUAGUACACAGAGCAUCGGGAUUAGGAAAUUAGCCAUUUUGGAUUCCGCCUGCCACAAACAGACCUAAACAGUGCUAUUAAAUUUUAGACUGUUGUUCAAAUAUUGUAUUUUCUCCUACAACUACUUUUUAUUAUGGUGAACAAUUAAGACCAUUUAAAACACGGGAGUACAAGUAUUUUUUUGAAUUAAAUUAACUUGCAAAAACCAAAUUUGCAGUGGUUGGGUUGUUUCUAGACAGACUUUGGUAUCAAUUUAAAACCAAGAUAAUUUUUAUAUUCUUUCCAAUAGAAUUUCAUGACAACUGCAGUUUUCUUAACCUACAAAAAAAAAAAAGUGCUGCAAUGAUGAACAAAGAAUUAUACAAAACCUACUUUUGUAUCUUUAUUUUGGAAUUUCUUGUUCUAUUAUAAAUAUGGAAGUAUCCCUAUUUGAGAAGACAUAUUUUGUUAAAAAUGAAUUGUACAUAUUUAAAUAUGUAUUUUUGCACAGGUCUUUUUUUCGGAUAUCCUGUUUUGGUACAAUUGAGAUCAUCUAGUAUUUAUUUAUUAAUUAAUAAAAGUAAAUACCUUUUUAUAAUUUGAAGUGGUUCACUGCCAAGCCAAUAGUUCUAGAACCUGCCUCCUUUACGGUUUAAGGGAUGCCUCUGUUCUGUGAAAGUCUUUUGUCCCUUUCAGUGUCUUGGGAGUGGAUUCAUACAGAUGAAGUGGGCAUUGCUUCUCCCUAGUUGCCUGAUUUCCCAAUAGACUACACGUAAUAAGUGACACACUGCUUUUCUUUUGUUAGUGUUUUAUGUGUGAGAGAGUGUGUGUGUGUGUGCGCGCGCGCCGCGCGCGUGUGCGCGUGCCCUGAGCACAUGUGCGUUAGUAUGUGAUGUGAUUAAAACUAAU